CGGCCCCGUUCGCUUCCGGAUCUGGAAACGGCCGACGCGUUUCCGUCAUCGCGCCCAUUCAACUCGGCCAUUUCUUUUCAUCAUCGGAAUCGACAAGCGCUCCUCUCGAAAGUCUCUUCUUCUCUUCCCAUUUCGAGUUUUCGCUUCGCCACGAAGCUUCUCCUCGCGAUCUCCGAUUCGCGCUUCCGAGCUCGGACCAAGCUUAGCCGGAUCAGCCGACCGGAGACACGAAGCCAUGGGUCUUCAAAGGGGACCCUCUAGGAAAGACAAGAAUAGAGGGAGGCAUCAUAAUUUAACUCAACAGAAGAGACAAGAGAUCAGAGAAGCAUUUGAACUUUUUGAUACUGAUGGUUCAGGCACUAUCGAUGCCAGAGAGUUGAAUGUUGCAAUGAGGGCGCUUGGAUUUGAGAUGACAGAGGAGCAAAUCAGUAAAAUGAUUGCUGAUGUAGAUAAGGAUGGAAGUGGUUCAAUUGAUUAUGAUGAAUUUGAACAUAUGAUGACUGCCAAAAUUGGAGAAAGGGACACAAAGGAGGAGCUCACGAAAGCUUUCCACCUUAUUGACCAAGAUAACAAUGGAAAAAUAUCUUUUGAAGAUAUUAGGAGAAUUUCAAAGGAGCUGGGUGAACACUUCACAGACAGAGAUAUUCAGGAGAUGAUUGGGGAGGCAGACCAGGAUCGUGACGGUGAAGUUGAUAUGAACGAGUUCAUUCAGAUGAUGGGGAGGACACGAUUAGGCUUUUAGUGCUUCCAGUUUGUGAACCUCUACAUGAGCUUAAGGUUUCCUACUUAGUGAUGGAUGUGCGGCAUUCUAUAUGUGUGAUCUGUUUGUACAUACAGUGCACAUAAGAAAGGACUUAUGGGUUUGAGACCUGCUAGAUUGAUACUUCUAUCUUGUAUUUUUGGCAAAACCUACCUCUUUCACAGCUUUCUUUAUGUCGUGCGUUGAAGAUUAUGCUGUGUCUGGUUUAAGUAGAAUAGUUUCCUAGUUAUGUAUGCUUCAUAUAAUGAUCUGGAUUCACAUCUGCUAUUCUACUUGCAUGUUGUUUUGA